GAAGCAGGGGAGUGACGCUAAAGGGCUGUUCUCGGUUCACUGUCCAUCCCUGGGAGGAAAGACCCCAUGAAUUAAUCUAAUUCAGCGCGAAAAGAGCCGGCGGCUGAACCUGAAUAUCACGUUUACUGUUCAUUUACGUAGGGACCUUAGCUAAAAUUUCCCAGGCCUCACUUCGCACGUGGCCUAUUUCUCUAUACCAGUAGCCCUAGCGGCGCGGUCUCGGAAGUGUUGGACUCAUAACUUCAAGUCCGGCCCUCCAACGGAUCUGGAGGGACAUUGAACUGGCCCCGUCUAAAAAGUUUGAGGACCCCUGCGUGCUGUUUACAACCCUGCUUCAAGAUGGAAAAUCAUGACCCAGAUGAUACUAUGAAGGGAACCUCAAGUAUUAGUUUUAUAAACAGAAAAAUUAACCAACUUCCAGAUGUAGAAAAGAAUCUACUUGAACAUGGAUCAACAUAUGUUGGACUUAAUGCUGCUUUCUCUGGCCUGAUAGCAAACAGUCUUUUUCGCCGUGCCUUAAAUGUGACACAGGCUCGGAUAGCUUCUGGCUUACCAAUGGCGGUGAUUCCAUUUCUUACAGCAGAUUUAACUUACAAAGCAUUUGUAAAUCUUCCUUUGAGUGCAGGUCAUCUGAACUGUGAAACUUGCACUGUAAUACGGGGUGGACUGGUCGGUCUUGUUCUUGGUGGUCUUUAUCCUGUUUUCUUGGCUAUACCCAUCAAUGGUGGCCUAGCAGCCAGGUAUGAAUCAGCCCUGCUACCAGAGAAAGGAAGUAUCUUAACCUACUGGAUCAGAAUGUCUAAGCCUGUCUUUAGAAAGAUGGUGUUUCCCAUUUUGCUCCAGACCAUGUUUGCAGCAUACCUAGGGUCUAGACAAUAUAAGCUGCUUCUAAAAGCCCUUCAGUUACCAGAACCUGUCUUAGAUACUCCCUGAUGUAAAACAUGUACACAAAAAUAAAGUAGUAAAAAUAAA